UGGCGACACUACAUAUCGGAGUGCUAGAGCCCGCCACUCGUCUAAACCGAUCGCAGAACUAUCACGAGUCAGCGAUACCAGUCAAAAACCCUGAUGCGAUUAAGUUGUUUAUAGGACAGAUCCCUCGAAAUCUAGACGAGAACGACAUACGACCGCUCUUUGAACAAUUCGGAAAAAUAUUUGAGUUGACAGUGUUAAAGGACAAGUUCACAGGCAUUCACAAAGGCUGUGCAUUUUUAACCUACUGUGCCCGGGAUAGUGCAAUUAAAGCUCAGAUGGCGCUGCACGAACAGAAGACAUUACCAGGGAUGAACCGUCCAAUCCAGGUUAAACCUGCCGACAGUGAAAACAGGUGGGAGGAUCGUAAGCUCUUUGUGGGCAUGCUCAGUAAACAGCAGACAGAGGAUGACGUUCGUCAAUUAUUUCAACCUUAUGGAGCAAUAGAUGAGUGUACAAUCCUCCGGGGACCCGACGGCCAGAGUAAAGGUUGUGCAUUCGUGAAGUUUGGUUCACAUUCUGAAGCACAGUCAGCUAUCAGCGGACUUCAUGGUAGUCAAACGAUGCCAGGUGCAUCGUCCAGCUUGGUUGUUAAAUUCGCAGACACUGAAAAGGAGCGUCAGAUGAGACGGAUGCAGCAGAUGGCAGGAAACAUGGGCUUAAUCAACCCAUUUGUAUUUAGCCAGUUCGGGGCGUAUGGUGCUUAUGCACAGUUUGUGCAGCAGCAGGCUGCCAUUAUGACUGCCGUAGCACAAGGGGGGUUCAUCAACCCUAUGAGUGCAUUAGCAGCUACACAAGUUGGAACUGUACCGAACGGUCUCGCCAGUCCAGGAAUCACUCCUACAUCAGGAGCACAGCCUAUCAACGGCACCAUCCCUAAUAUACCUUCUCCAACUCUGCCUAAUUCAUCCAUACAUCAAGCUAACGGACAGACAGGUGAAAUAUAUGGAAACGGCAUGCUUCAUUAUCCCCUUCUUAUCUCACUUUCAGCACAAGCGAUACCUAACGGGGAAACUCUUCAACCUACUGCUUAUCCCAGUUUACAAGCCUAUCCAGGAAUUGCCGCAUUUCCUACAGCGUAUGGUCAGUUUCCUCAAGCUCUGACCCAGCAGCCAUCAAUUAUCCCUCAGUCACAAAGGGAAGGCCCAGAAGGCUGCAAUCUGUUCAUCUACCACUUACCACAGGAAUUCGGCGAUGCUGAACUCAUGCAGAUGUUCUUGCCUUUUGGAAAUGUCAUCAGUGCUAAAGUUUUCAUUGAUCGUGCUACUAAUCAAAGCAAGUGCUUUGGGUUUGUGAGCUUUGAUAACCCAACAAGCGCCCAGACAGCUAUCCAGGCCAUGAAUGGGUUCCAAAUUGGUAUGAAGCGCCUCAAGGUUCAGCUAAAGCGCCCAAAAGACACCAACAGACCAUAUUAAUACUGAGGCCAAUUCUAUAUUUUAUGAAAAUUCAAGUUGCCAAGGAUGAGGAGAAGAGGAAACUCCGGUAAUGAGAUGGAAUCAUGUGAUCUUCUUCUAUCUUCUCCUUCCCAUCAAUGGUGUUACAGUCCGUGAUGUCGACUGUAAUUUUUUCUUAUAAUGGCAAAGAGCCUUAUAAAUAGGGCUUGGACAUAAAUAAUAUAUAUAUAUAUAUACAUAAAUAUAUAUAUAUAUACAUACACAUGCAUAAAUGAUGACUUACUACAAAAAUAGAUACUCUGCCCCUAUGCUUAAGAAAGUAGAACACAAUUAUCUAGUGGCUCAUUUAGCUGUUUCUUUGCUUUAAUAUGUAAUCAUAUUUACUGUACAAAUCAUUUUGAAAAUUCUAAUUAUUUUAUGGCUACCAAGCCUAUAGUUGAUAAACUGUGUGAUGAUUUUUAACAUUGAGGGAAAUAUUUUGAAAUUAAUCCUUUAGAAUUGUAACAUCGUUUUUUGGAUUUCCUAGUUUGAUGGAUUAUCCAAAGGUGUGCUCAGUCGCUUUUCUUACCAUAUCAUUUGUUCGUGGAGCUCUGAUUUGUACAGCUCAAGUUGGACAGAACAGCAAAAUAAGAGUGAAAUAAAUCACCUUUUUACUUCUCUAUACAACAGCUGUUCUAGCUUGGUGAGUUUUUCCUCACCAUUUAAUCAGAAAAUGUUAAGUAAAGGUUAAACAUUUCAAAGAGUUGUGUGGUUUUCAAAUAAAGGUUUAUUACCUUUUCAAAAAAGUCUAUAUCCCUAUAAGUAAUUAAGUUAUAAAAAACUUGAAAUUUCAAAUGUCUAUUUUAAACAUUCCAUGAUUAUUUUCCUAACUUUGUUUACAUUAGGUUUUCUGUUAAGUGUACAAAAAUGCUGUUAUAUAGUUGUAUUUAUUUGCUAUUUAUUUAUUUAUUAACAGUCCUCCAGAGAUCAAUUCAUUUUUCUUACGCGAGCUGUUUGAUGAGUUUGAAAAGAAUUAUGUAAAUGUGAGGUAAACUUUAUGGCAAUGGAUUAGUUUAAAAGAAUGAUGUAAAUGUGCGGUAAGCUUUAUGACAGUGAAUUAGUUUUGAAAGAAUGAUGUAAAUGUGAGGUAAACUUUAUGGCAAUGGAUUAGUUUAAAAGAAUGAUGUAAAUGUGCGGUAAGCUUUAUGACAGUGAAUUAGUUUUGAAAGAAUGAUGUAAAUGUGAGGUAAACUUUAUGACAGUGAAUUAGUUUUAAAAGAAUGAUGUAAAUGUGAGGUAAACUUUAUGACAGUGAAUUAGUUUUAAAAGACGAAUAUAUAUAGAAGGUAAACUUUAUGACAGGGAAUUAGUUUUAAAAGACCAAUAUAUAUAUAUAUAGAAGAUAAACUUUAUGACAAUGAAUUAGUUUUAGAAGACCAAUAUACAUGAGGUAAACUUUAUGAUAGUAAAUUAGUUUUCUCAGAAAGUACGCAGACACUUUAAUGUUUGCAAGAAAUUACAUAAAGAUGACUUACGAAAAUAAGUUUCGAGUAUUCAUUUUAAGCUGUUUCUGUGAAAUAUUCUCUCAUCUAAUUAAAUUAAAUUCAAUAUUUGCGAGAGGCCUGUAUAAACAGUGAAUAUUUUUGAAACCUCAUUUAAUACCAGUGAUGAAACCAUUCCUCAUCAGUUUCACUAAUAAGAGUAAUUGUUAGCUAUGAAGUUUAUUAGUUGAAUAUUAAUGUUGGGACCGUCGUUUUUGCAAAUAUAUUCUUCACUUUGAAAUAAAGAAAUACAGAAAGCUAUAGUGUAUAUAAGUUCAUUUAUAUUUUAGUGUAUUUUGUUUCUAAAUUCUAAAGCAUCAAAGAGAUUAUAAUUUCAUAUAAUAUUAAUUUUUUCCUACUUGGUUGUUUACUAUAGGCAUAUAGCCAAGCGAGCUUUAAUAAAAAGUAGACGUGUGUUUAAAAACAUUCAUAAACAAUUCCUCAAUCUAGUUCAAACCUAUUAUAAAAACAUUAGGAUAUUAAAGUUGUGAAACAAAUUCACACAGGAUCAAUAAUAAUAAUAAUACGAAAAAUUUAAUUCAACCCAAACUUACACAUUUAUUUUGCUAUAGACAUGCAUUAUACGAAGGUUAAUAAGUAUGUAAAAAAAAUCUGUAAUCAUAAAACUAAAAAACAAAUUGCUGUAAUUUUUAUUGUAGGAUCAUGACUGUAUGUUUCAAAAUUAUGAAAUUAUUGUACAGUACUUAAUGUUUAAUACUCCGAAUUUUAUAAGAUGUUUUAAUUUUUGUCUUAUUUUUGUGAAAUUAGAAUUGAAUUGGCAUCCUAACUUUCCUUUUCCGAAUCCUUGGUAUAUGCACGUGUGCUCACAAUAGACAAAAAUUUAUAAGUUCUAUCUAAAGUCAUGGUUAAAGUAAUAAAGUGUUUAUAAAACAGUGUUUAUAUUGAAAGCUUCAUAAACUCUGUCGCGUCAUAUUGUUUUAAUAAUGAAAGGAGACAAAAACACAAAACAUUAAAUGAUAUAUUACGUACCAAUAAAUAACAAUGUAAUUUAGAAUGUCAAAUUUAGUAGAGAAAAUAGUAGUUAUUAACUGUAAAAUGUUUACAAAUAAUGACUACAGCAAAGGCUUUAAUUAGUCUUUACAAAUACACUGUAGAGAAUUUAUCCCAAAUCGAAAAGUACUGCAUCAAUAUUUCUUUUACUAUAUACUUUAAAAGACCUUGAAAGCCUCAUAACUUUCACACAGUACUACCUAAAACAUUAUUUAUUAUAUAACUAUUUGGUAGGACACGCUUCAAUAGGUGCUUAAAAAGCACAACAAAUAUAUUCAUUUUUUAGACUUUGCAAAAAAUAAACUUAAGCAACAAUGUACAAAUAAAUUGCUAUUUAUUA